GUCAACGUUGCGUCGCGUCAUUCAGAGCAAACGCUCGUACGCGAGUCACAGCAAGAAAAAAAUGAUCAUUGAUAGAGUUUCUGAGGGCUACUCGGGUCUUCUGGACCGGGACAGCGAUGUUAUGACAAGUCCGGUCCACCUGUUGUCGUUCUACGGAUAUUCAUCUCCAUCAGAACCGAAUCUGUCGGUCGGAUCUCCGAGCUCUGAUUCGGAACAGAGCUGGAGCAAUGCGGGUAGCCCCCAAAACAGCGUCAACGUGGAAGAACACAGCGCGCGGAAACUGAGUCGGUAUCAAGGUGUGCGCGUCAAGAACACUGUCAAAGAGCUGAUCAUGCAGAAACGCCAAGAGAUUCAGGCUCAGCAAUGUCAAAUUGAAACUGAAUGUCCAGCCAUAACGCAUGUGCUGCAGAGAACAAAGAGGGAAGUGGAGAAUGUCUCUCUCUCUACUGUGAAACGACCGCGAGUCACAGACGCAAACGUCCUAUCUCUGUGUGACCAAGGUGAGAACAUGUUUUGUGACACUGAGAUGUUGGAGGAUAUUGGUGACGUCCUGUCCAAAGAGCGGCUCUCCAUUGAAUCUGUGACAGUGAGAGGAUGCCCAGUGCCGGUGUGUUGUCCACCUCAAGAUUUGUACACUGAUGCUGAAAGCCCCAUUUACACAGUCUGCCAUCUGUUGCCGUCCAUGGAGAACAUGUAUACUUACUCCAUCCCAUCAUGCGCGCCCAACCUCAAUAUGACUGCUGCACCCCCAGUGUCCUUUUUUGAAUGGCAGAUAAAGCACGAGGAGGAGAAACUGGCUGCUUUGAGCUAUGUGGAUCUCACCACUAGAGAUGGGGAUGGAGACACGUUCUUGCACAUCGCGGUGGCCCAAGGCAGAAGAGCUCUGGCGUAUGUCCUUGGCAGGAAAAUGGCUGCCAUCGGCAUGCUGGAUAUAAAAGAACACAACAACCAGAGUGCCUUCCAAGUCAGUGUUGCUGCAGAUCAACACCUGAUUGCACAAGACCUGCUUUUACUAGGAGCUGAAAUCAACACCAUGGACUGUUGGGGCCGAUCCCCAUUACACGUGUGUGCCGAGAAGGGCCACACCUCGACAAUGCAGGCCAUCCAGAAUUCCAUGCAGACUAGUGGGCGACAAGUCAACCUGGAGGUGGUCAACUAUGAUGGACUUACGCCUCUCCAUGUUGCAGUCCUGUCCCACAAUGCUGUAGUGCAGGAGCUGUGCUGUCACGAGACGCCCCCCUCUGCUCAGAAUCUGGCUCUGCUGCAGAAGAGGAAGCUACUUGGGGAUUGUAUCAGCACUUUGUUGCUCAUGGGUGCAUCGCUGGAAACGAAGGACCGCAAAAGUGGCCGCACCGCUCUGCAUAUGGCUGCUGAAGAGGCUAACAUUGAGCUUCUGCGCCUUUUUCUGGAUCAGACCAACUCCUUCUCUAUCAUAAACGUAAAGGCAUUCAGUGGAAACACAGCGCUGCACAUGGCCAGCGCUCUACAAGGCCGCCAGGCUCAAGUAGACGCGGUUCGAUUACUGCUGAGAAGAGGAGCCGAUCCCAGUGCCAAGAACCUGGAGAAUGAGCAACCGGCCCAGCUAGUGCCCGACGGUCCGCUGGGUGACCAGGUGCGUCGGAUCCUGAGAGGUAAAGGAGCACAGUCCCGGUCAUGAGCGACCAUCCCAUUCUUCCCUUCAGAAUCGCUGUCAGUCAGGCAGUCCGGUCUGUGUACAGAUUCAUUUGCCACUUCAGGCAGAUGUUGGUUGUUUCUGUGAAACAGUUUUAUCAUUGUUCACUACUGAGUAGUAGACGGUACAGGAAAGUGAGAGCAACAGUUCAGAGAAGCUACCUGAUAUUAGAAGAGGAAUCCAGUGUUAUGAGGAACUUCAAGAAGGAGUAUUCAGAAAGUAAUAAUAAAUGAAAGCUAGAGCGUUAAAGAGAAAGAAAAUUAAGUCUUACUGUCAUCCAGAUUCACUGGAUUGAACAGUGAUUCAUCUCUUGUUCCGUAGCAGAUCUGAAGUGUUGCAUUUGGCUGUGGUGUGUAAAAGGUUGUAAACUAUAAUCUCUAAACAAUGUAACUACAUCCGUAUUGUUGUUAUUAUUAUUAUUAUUAUUAUUACUCUUAUGUGUAUUUUGUCAGAAGGUUUGCAAGUUAAACAUUAUGAACAGACUUUAACUGAGAUUGUAAUCAGUAACUUUAAACCUGUUACACCAGAACGUUCAUGUUUGUUGGCUUAAGGCGUGUUUCAGCACGUUAUUUUGGGACUUUCUUCCAUCAAUAAUUAACUUUUUGUGCUGGCAUGUGACUCUAGAAGUCAUCUAAUUAUCUUGAAUUAUUAUUCCGAUUUUUAUUAUUAUUUUUUUAUUGUAACUGCUCUUCUCAGAAUCAACACUAAAACCCACAUAAAAAUAGGGUUAAAGGUGAUUAUUUAUGAAGACAUAGAGAUUAUUUUAGUGCAUUUUAACUGCUCAUAUUAAACAAAUCUGCAUGAUAUUGCUGAUGUAUAUGUCUUUGUGGUGAUGGGAUAAGUAUACUGUAUAUUGUUAUUUUGUGUAUAUAUUAUAUAAUUCUGCAUUAUUUUUCCAUUGUGCUUCAUUAGUGUUUUAGUGUUUCCUUUGCAGUUCACUUGAUAUUCUGUGAGUUUGAAUAACCAGCUGUAAUUCAGUCUCAAAUAAAGUUUCCUUGUUCGUG